AUGACCAGCUUAUGGGCACCCGUGCCAAAGCCAUCAUCUAGGCUAGCGCGAUAUCGCGUAUUAUCCCCUCAUGCCGGCGUCCAUGUAUCGCCAUUGCAGCUCGGUGCCAUGAGCAUCGGAGACAAGUGGGAGAAAUUUGGCAUGGGUAGUAUGGACAAGACAUCCUCAUUCAAGCUCCUCGACGCCUUCUACGAUGCUGGGGGAAACUUCAUCGACACUGCUAAUAACUAUCAAGACCAAAGCUCUGAAGAGAUCAUCGGAGAGUGGGCAGAGGAACGCGGGAUCCGUGACCAGCUCGUGAUCGCCACAAAAUACACGACCAAUUACCAGCGCGGCAAUGACGCCAUUCGCCAGAAGGCAUCAUAUACCGGCAACAACGUCAAGUCAAUGCAUCUCAGCGUCGAUGCCAGUUUGAAGAAGCUGAGGACUUCAUAUAUCGACAUUCUGUACGUGCACUGGUGGGACUGGGAUACUUCUGUCGAAGAGGUCAUGAACGGUCUGCAUGUGCUGGUGCAACAAGGGAAAGUGUUGUAUCUCGGCAUCUCAGACUCUCCUGCUUGGGUCGUGUCCAAAGCGAACCAGUAUGCUCGGGACCAUGGAAAAUCACCGUUUGUGAUCUACCAAGGUGCUUGGAACGUCAUGCUUCGGGACUUUGAACGAGAUAUCAUACCGAUGGCCCGCUCCGAAGGUCUUGCGCUUGCCCCUUGGAAUGUCCUUGCUGGUGGAAAAAUUCGAACCGACGAGGAAGAGGAGCGCCGCCGACAGACAGGAGAGAAAGGUCGCAUGCUCACGAAUCCCAGUUGGGAGCGCAACGAGACGGAGAGGGCGAUGAGCGCAGCAUUAGAGAAGGUCGCGAAGGAAGUCGGUGCUAAACACAUCACAGCUGUGGCCAUUGCAUAUCUCAUGCAGAAGACGCCCUAUGUGUUCCCGCUUAUUGGUGGGCGAAAAGUGGAGCAGCUGGAGGCCAACUUGGAGUCUCUGGCGAUUUCGCUAACACCCGAGCAUGUGAAGUAUUUGGAGAGCAUCAUCCCUUUCGAUGCGGGCUUCCCCUCCUCAUUCAUCGGCGAUGGCAAGCAAAACAGUCUUCUAAUGAGCAAUGCUGCAUAUAUCGAGAAGCAGCCGCAGGAGAAACCCAUAGUUCCAGAUGUUGAAUAG